AUGGCUGGUAUCUUCCGCAGCAUCUAUGACUGGCUUCUCAGGAUGUUCUGGGCAACCGAAAUGGAUGUCACCAUGAUCGGCCUGCAAAAUGCAGGAAAGUCCUCCUUGCUGCGUGUCUUAGCAGGCGGGGAAUUCACUAUCGACGUAUCAAAUCCCAUCGCUUUCCUCCGCUCCCGCUCACGAGGUGACAGCUCCAUCCCGACUAUCGGGUUCAACACCAAACGAGUCCAAAAGGGCCAUGUGACUUUAAAAUGCUGGGAUCUGGGCGGCCAACCUCGCUUUCGUCCCAUGUGGGAGCGAUAUUGUCGAGGCGUCAACGCCAUCGUAUAUAUUGUAGAUGCCGCCGAUCAAGGCGCUCUACCCGUCGCCACGGAGGAGUUGCAUGAGUUGAUAAACAAGCCCACCCUGGACGGGAUCCCACUGCUCGUAUUGGGUAAUAAGUCCGAUUUGCCGGUCAAGUUGUCUGUUGAUGAGUUGAUUGAUGCGAUGGACCUUAAGUCUAUUACGCACCGCGAAGUCAGCUGUUACGGGAUCAGCGCGAAAGAGGAGACUAACCUCGACGCGGUGCUGCACUGGCUGAUUGCACGGGCGAGUCGAUGA